CGACGGGAGCCUAGGCCAGAUCCCGAGUCGGUUACUGCCUGGAACGAAUGCGCCUCCGGACCCCAACCCGCGCAGCUUGGUUUGAUCAAUCGUCUCGUCAAGAAAUGCUUCGAAACCAGAGCGGAACGAAUACAUAAGCCCCCAACCCAACUGCAAGAGCCCAAAUUCCAAAAGAAAACAUCUGUAAUCCAGUACACAAUGGCCAUCCUCCUAACCCUCCCCCCUGAACUGCUCCUUCAAAUCACAUCCCACAUCAACAACCAAAAGGACAUCCUAAACCUUGCCUCAACGACACGAUCGCUGCACGCCCUGCUUUACAUCCACGCGUUCACAUCACUAACGCUAGACGACGAGACGCACUACCAAAUCACCCGACUAACCCAUGUCCUCGCGCGGAACCCGCGAUGCGCACGCGCUGUUCGCGUUCUAGGCUUCGAGACUGAACUGUGCUCGCGCAUUGAAGAGACAGUUAGCUAUGACCCGAGUGUUAUUUUUCCUCUUAUUGAGAAGGUUUCUUCUAGUAUUGCUUCUUUGGAUGCGGGAGCAAAUGCAAAUAAACUAGUCGCAAAAUGGGAGGAACAACUAAGAGAAGCAGACGAAAUUGAACCCUGGGUUGCGGUUAUUCUCUCGAUCGUGCCAAAUGUCGAGGAGUUGAGUCUUACAUUCUCUCAUCCAUCGUUCUAUAUUCGCAAACUAUUCACAAUGAUAAGCCCUGCGACUGGUACUCUCCCCAAUCCACAUGGUCCAGAACCCCCCUUCCUCUUCUCGCGAUUGCACACACUCAGCGCGCGCUCAGAGUUUGGCAUCAGAUCCUCAUACAUCCUUCCCUUCUUCCGACUCCCCUCGCUCCACACCUUCAACGGGGUAAUGGUAGCCGAUGGCCAGCCAGAGGACGCCAAAGAAUUGUGUGAGGAUGGUCCACUAGACGACUUCUAUGACUCAGACUAUGAGCCAGCUCCCGAGUACGAAGAUGACCCAGAGGGGAAUUUCCGCUGCUACCCUGGCGCCGAAGCCUUUUCCAAUGUUACGCAUAUCCGGCUUAUUGGGUCUAAUAGCCGAAAAGGCUUCCCGGAUCUUAUUCGGGCGUGUCGCAGACUCGUCUCGUUUGUGUACGAGUAUGGGGGGUAUGAUGGCGUGGAUAGGUUCACUGACUCACGGAGGUUCUAUGCAUCGUUGUGGAGGCAUAGGGGGUCGCUUGAAGAGGUGGAGCUUUGCUGUCAGCACGUGAAUGGGCUUGGGGAGUCGGGGUUUAUUGGAUCUUUUAAGGAGUUCCAGGUCCUGCGGCGGUUGAGGGUUUGUGCUGACGAUAUUCUUGUGAGAAUGGAGGGUGCGAGGACGAAGAAGAUCGCGAUGGAUGUUUUGCCAGCGUCGUUGGAUAAUUUGGUAAUCGAAUUUUUUCAUGCGUGUGAUGACCCGGAGGAGCUUAGUGUACAGUUGAAGGAGCUGCGGAGGGAGGCCAAGUUGCAGUGUCCCAAACUCGUCUCGCUAAGGGUCGCCGGGUAUGUUCCACAGGAUUUCCAACCAGAAGAGGAUGGCUUCCGGCUGUGUGCGCAGCCGAGAAUGCGGCGCAAGCUAUUCUUGGCUUGCGAGUUUAUGCCUCAAUUGUGAAAAUCAAAACGGUAGAGUUGUACCUCAGUCAGAAACCAGUUUGGUUGAAUAUCGAGUUCUAUCAGUCAUCCAUAAACUGCCUUUCAGCCUCACAUGAGACAAUCAGCCACCCGCAAGAACCCGCACGUGAACUCUCUUGUGGUGUAAUAGUUAAGUCGUAUGCAACCUCUUUUGAGGCCUCGAACUCCUCCCAAGAAG